AUGAACUCUGAGCAGAACACAGCUUCGACUCAAGGCACUUCUUCCCCCAGCUCAGCUGAGGAACUUACUCAGCAGGGAUCUAAAGCCACCAAAGCAACUCGCCACGAUUGGUCUUUCGAAGCAAUCAUGAGAGAUAAGAGGGCAUUCGAGGAGAAGUACUACCUUGAUUCUUCCUCCAGUACGUCGAAACCGAUGGCCGAUGAGUCAAGGAAACCUCGAGUAUCUGUCGAUAAUGACAUGUCGAUUACUGAUCAGACAUCGAGAGGAGAAUGA